CACGGUUCACCGCACUCAGAAUCAGCGAACGUGGUUUAGUAGCCGCGAGCCACGCGCCGAGAUUAGAUCGAACUUGAAGAAGAUCCGCAGGCUUAGUAUGCCUAACGGUAGGCACGAAGAGGUACACUAACGGUAGCCCACCUACGUUCAGUGACAUAUUUGAGUGAUCGCCAAGCCAAGCGGCAGAAUGAUCUAGCAGAGUGAACGCUAGACAAUUUCUUUUUGCAGGGUGUUGUCAGCCGUGUGUUUAGAGCUACUCCAGCAGUGACCAACCUGGUGAAAGUGAGACCAAUACAGAUCAGCCAGCCUGUGUGAAUUAAGUCAAUAGUCAACCGAACAGAAAAUGCAAAACCAGAAAAUGAAGACCCUACAUUUGAUACAUCUGCUAGUGAUUUGUGUCCUGACCGAGAUCAUCAAUGCAAAUAUAACCCCUGACACCUUUGCCCAACCCGCACCUAGACAGGAACCUUCCCAACGCAAUCCAUUUCUCCAAUGGUUAACCAGCUUAAUUGGAACCACCACAACAACUCCAGCCCCACCCUUAAAACCACCGACGAACUGUGCAGAAUGCAAGUGCGGUCGAACAAACCAGGCAACCCGAAUCGUAGGUGGAACGGAAACCCGAGUCAACCAGUAUCCGUGGAUGGCCAUGCUACAGUACGGUGGAACGUUCUAUUGCGGAGGUACGUUGAUUUCGGAUCGCCACGUGCUAACGGCGGCGCAUUGCGUACACGGAUUCAAUCCGGCCAAAAUCAGUGUUGUACUGUUGGAUCACGAUCGUUCGAAUAAGGAAGAAGCUAAAACUAUCACCACCAAGGUUGAACGAGUGAUCAAACACAACGGGUACAAUCCGAGCAACUACAACAGUGACAUUGCCAUCUUGAAGCUGGAUCAAGUGUUGAAGUUCGAUGAACGGUUACGGCCCGUGUGUUUACCUUCGGCGAAGAAGUCAUUUACUGGGUAUGAUGGUAUUGUAACAGGUUGGGGAGCACUCUCAGAAAACGGCCAGAUAUCGAUAAACCUGCAAGAGGUAUCUGUACCGAUCAUGUCCAAUGCGGACUGUCGAAAGAGUGGUUACGGUGAGAAACGGAUAACCGAUAACAUGCUUUGUGCAGGAUACCCGGAUGGGAAAAAAGAUUCCUGUCAAGGAGAUAGUGGCGGACCGCUACAUGUGAUCAAUAAAGAAAAGGCAACGGAGAGUGUGCACCAAAACGCUGGAAUUGUCUCCUGGGGUGAAGGCUGUGCCAAACCAAACUAUCCCGGUGUGUACACCAGGGUAAAUCGUUUCCGGACCUGGAUUACGACGAACACAGCCGACGGGUGCUACUGUUCCGAGGACGUAAUCCAAACGUCGGAGGAAACAGUCCCAGUUCAAAAAGGAAACCCCUUCCUGGAGUGGUUGGAAGUUCUUACCGGAAUUCAGCGACCAGGGCCUCCUCUCAAACCAGCGGAAAAUUGCACUGAGUGUAAAUGUGGUCGUACAAACCAGGUCAAUCGAAUCGUUGGUGGCAUGGAAACUCGUGUAAACCAGUAUCCCUGGAUGGCGAUCCUUAAAUAUGGCGAUUCCUUCUACUGUGGAGGCACGCUGAUUUCGGACCGACAUGUUAUGACUGCAGCGCACUGCGUUCAUGGAUUCAACAAACAACGAAUCAGUGUCACUUUGUUGGAUCAUGAUCGAUCCUCAAGUUCCGAGACGGAAGUCAUUACAUCGAAGGUAGACAAGAUCUACAAACACAGUGGCUAUAGUCCUUUUAACUAUGACAAUGACAUUGCCAUACUUCGGUUGGAAAAGGUUAUGGAGUUCAACGACAAACUGCGACCGGUGUGUCAACCGACUUCCGGGGAAUCAUUCGCCGGAUAUGAUGGUAUCGUAACUGGCUGGGGAACUACCACACAAGGUGGUGAUGUUUCAUCCACUCUGCAGGAAGUUACCGUACCGGUCAUGUCCAACGAAGAAUGCAGAAAAUCGGCUUACGGUGAAACGCGCAUCACCGAUAAUAUGCUGUGCGCCGGAUAUCCCGAGGGAGAAAAAGAUUCCUGCCAAGGUGACAGCGGUGGACCGCUGCAUAUCAUCAGUAAAGAGAUGGAAUCGGAGAACAUACAUCAACUGGCGGGUGUAGUUUCCUGGGGCGAAGGCUGUGCUAAGCCAGACCAUCCGGGUGUUUACAGUCGGGUCAAUCGGUACGAGGCCUGGAUUCGGAAUAACACGAUUGAUGGGUGCUACUGUACACAGUAAAACCCAGCAGCUUGUUCAAUAAAUGGGCUACGUUCGACAAGAACCAUGAAGUCAUUUGGUUCAACUCAGUACGAUAAUAGGAAAUUCCAGUUGUAUGUUUCUCAACAACCUACACCUGCCUGUUAAACGAAAUCUAAUCAUUACAAUGUGCAA